AUGGCUUCUCCGAGUUCCUUCACCUACUGUUGCCCUCCAUCUUCCUCCCCUGUCUGGUCAGAGCCGCUGUACAGUCUGAGGCCAGAGCACGCGCGGGAGCGGUUGCAGGACGACUCGGUGGAAACAGUCACGUCCAUAGAACAGGCAAAAGUAGAGGAAAAGAUCCAAGAGGUCUUCAGUUCUUACAAGUUCAACCACCUUGUACCAAGGCUCAUUCUGCAGAGAGAGAAGCACUUCCAUUAUCUGAAAAGAGGCCUCCGACAGCUGACAGACGCCUAUGAGUGUCUGGAUGCCAGCCGCCCAUGGCUCUGCUACUGGAUCCUGCAUAGCCUGGAACUCCUGGAUGAGCCCAUCCCCCAGAUGGUGGCCACAGACGUGUGUCAGUUCCUGGAGUUGUGUCAGAGCCCAGAAGGUGGCUUUGGAGGGGGCCCUGGCCAGUACCCACACCUUGCACCCACGUAUGCAGCGGUCAACGCACUGUGCAUCAUUGGCACCGAGGAGGCCUAUGACGUCAUUAACAGAGAGAAGCUUCUCCAGUAUUUGUACUCGCUGAAGCAGCCCGAUGGCUCUUUUCUCAUGCAUGAUGGAGGUGAGGUGGACGUGAGAAGUGCGUACUGUGCUGCCUCGGUCGCUUCGUUGACCAACAUCAUCACCCCAGACCUGUUUGAGGGCACUGCUGAAUGGAUCGCAAGGUGUCAGAAUUGGGAAGGUGGGAUUGGCGGGGUACCAGGAAUGGAAGCUCAUGGCGGCUACACAUUUUGUGGCCUGGCUGCGCUGGUCAUCCUCAAGAAGGAGCGCUCCUUGAACUUGAAGAGCUUACUACAAUGGGUGACAAGCCGGCAGAUGAGGUUUGAAGGUGGAUUUCAGGGCCGCUGCAACAAGCUGGUGGACGGCUGCUACUCCUUCUGGCAGGCGGGUCUCCUGCCCCUGCUUCACCGCGCGCUGCACGCCCAAGGUGACCCUGCCCUCAGCAUGAGCCGCUGGAUGUUUCACCAGCAGGCCCUGCAGGAGUACAUCCUGAUGUGCUGCCAGUGCCCCACGGGGGGGCUUCUGGAUAAGCCUGGCAAGUCCCGGGACUUCUACCACACCUGCUACUGCCUGAGCGGCCUGUCCAUAGCCCAGCACUUUGGCAGCGGAGCCAUGUUGCACGAUGUGGUCCUGGGUGUACCUGAAAAUGCCCUGCAGCCCACUCACCCUGUGUACAAUAUUGGACCAGACAAGGUGAUCCAGGCUACCAUGUACUUUCUGCAUAAGCCGGUUCCAGGCUUUGAGGAGCAUGAGGAUGAAGCAUCAGCAGAGCCUGCCACUGACUAG